AUGCCUUGCUUUAUUCUAUGGAAUGUAUGGAAGAAGUACAACACUCUGAUUUAUGAAGGAGGGCGCUACUCGCAGGACCGUAUUAUUUGGGAGAUUAAAAAUGAUUUCCUUGCCUUUUCGGUAACCCAUCCCUUUUGUUCCUCAAAAGCCUCCGACCAAAGAUUUAUUGAAGCCGGUCUCGUGACUUCUUUCACUAACCCGAGACCAAAGAAGACCCUUUGGAUUAAAUGGCAACACCCUCCCAUUGGACGCUUAAAGCUCAAUUCUGAUGCUUCCUUUUCAGCAAUCUCUUGUGGAGGAGAAGCGGAAGCUCUUGCUCUUGCCUUUGCUAUGAGAUGGUGUGAUCUGGCAGCUCGUAAACCAACUCUCAUUGAAGUGGACUCCUCAGUUCUUGUCCAUCUCAUUCUUAAUCACGAAGCUCCAAUCCCAUGGAAGAUUAGACAAUCAAUUUUCACCAUUCGAAAAUUGCUCUCGUCAUGGUCAUCUUCAAUUGCUCACUCAUAUAGAGAAACAAACAAGGUUGCAGAUUCUUUAGCUUCUUUUGGUUGUAAUCUCCUUUCUCCAUCUGUUUUUUUCACCCCCAUCUCUUUACCUCCUUCUGUUAUCUCUUCUCUUUUGUAUGACUGGAGGGGUCUUUUGACCCCUAGAUUAUCCUCCUAA